AUGAUGGGCAGCUUUGCAACCUUUGAGGCCGACGGACCUCCUUCGGGGCGUUUGGCAUUCUAUAGCUAUGCCGCUCUUCAACAUGUUCUCUCUGGCCCUCAUCUCCCUCAUUUCUCCCACACCAAAUUCGAGAACGCGACCUUGACUACGACCGCUCACCUCGGUGCUCUGAACGUCAUGCGCGUCACCGAUAUCGUGCGCGCCUCCAUCGCCGCCUUGCUGGCGUGCCUCGUUCUCGCGAGACCGCUUCUUCGCAAGAGGCCCGCCUGGUGCCGCGGCUUUGCACAAGAGUCUCUGUACUCCGCAGCCGCCCACCCUCCGCUGAAGAAAUCCUGGACAUUCUGGACCAUCUACCUUUUUGCAGUCGCACUUGCUGGCCUCGUCCAGGCUUCUUUGUCUCUUCUCGUGCCGCCGCAUCGCGUCUUCUCUGUCCUGGAACUCGUGCCGUCGCUCGUUGCUGUUCUCAUCACCGCCGCCGACCGGCCCACAAAGACCCCCAAGACGCUACUGUUUCUCUACUUCACCAUCCUUGCGUGCGGCGUUGUCUCGACAGCUUUCAGUUACAGGCUUUACAGGUCCAUCCCCAUGCUUGUUUUGGCGGAUCUCAUUGUCGCCUUGGUAGGCAUCAUCGGCAUCCUCGCCAUGCCGAUGCGGGACCCUUCUCUCGGCGACGAUGACGUUGCCCGUAAGGAGCCGACCGACGAGCUCCGUAGCCCCGAAGACAACCUUUCACUCUGGAGAUUCAUGACGGUAUCGUGGAUGGCACCGAUGAUCGCUAGGGGAUAUGAAAAGCAGCUACAUAAUCAAGAUGUUUGGCAGCUGCCCUUCGACUUCCAACACGAGCGGCUCCACGCUCUCUUCCAUGAGCUUCGUGGCUCUAUGACGGCCAAGCUAUUCUUGGCCAAUGGACUGGAUCUCAUUAUCCAGUCAUCCCUUGGAACCAUUGAGUGCUUCGCAGCUCUCUCCGUCCCUAUGCUGUUGCAGCAGCUCCUGCGGGCCAUCCAGAGUGGUCCCAGCAAUAUUGAGGUCUCUGUCUUGUACGCCAUCGCUAUCCUGGCUGUUCGUCUGCUCGCCUGUCAGGCAGCUGUCUUCCAGCUUUGGUUCUCCCGGCGUUGCUACGAGAGGUCCCGAGGCGAGAUGAUCACGACCAUCUACGCCAAGACUUUGUCUCGGAAACACUUUGGCCAGCCGGCUGGUGAGAAGAUGAUCGACGACGACGACGGCGAUGAUGAUUACGGCGACCAUGGCGACGAAGAGACAGAUACCGACGAUGUUUCUGCCGACACUGGUGGGCAAACCGGCCGCUUCAGCAGACUCCUGGGCUGGUUCCGUUGCGGGCACUCCGCUCGUCCUAGGUACCAGCGGCUGCAGAAGCCAAAAGCGCAAAGGCAGCCUGCCACCACCGGGAAGAUCCUGAAUCUCAUGAGAAACGACGUCUAUGAGAUUGCCCAGCGGUUCUGGGAGUUCCCCACAAUUGUCACGAAGCCGCUCCAGUUCAUCUUCUCAUUCGUCCUCGUGUGGCAGCUCCUCGGCUAUUCCUGCUUGUUCGGAAUGGCUUGUGUUGUGCUUGCUCAAAUGCUAAAUACCAUCUUCAUCACCCAACUCCUCAAGAACGAACGCGUACGCAGGGCUGCCACUGAUGCUAGACUGCAAUCGACCUCCCAGUUUGUCGAGGGAAUUCGGCACCUCCGGUGGUAUGACUGGCAAUCGAAAUGGCUGGAUAGCAUCAUGGCCACUCGACGACACGAGCUGCGCACCAGGGUCGUGACGGGGCUAUGGAGCAUCGCCAUCUCCACCCUCAACAUCACUUCCGGUACUCUCUUCCCUGUUGCCACGUUCUUCGCCUAUACAUCCAUUGCCGGCAGGACUCUGACAGUUGACGUGGCGUUCCCCGCUCUUUCUCUCUUUACUUUACUAGAGACCAGUUUCAAAGAGUUACCUGGGCUCAUCACCGUUCUUUUGAACGCAUCAAUCGCCAUGGGCCGUAUCGAGGAUUUCAUGAGCGAGCCCGACAAAGAAAGCAUCUUCUCCGACCACCUUACGAAUGACAUCAAGUUCACCAAGGCGACGUUUGCGUGGCCCGGAUAUGAGCAGCCGGUGCUGAAGAACCUCGAUAUCAGCUUCCCCCAGGGUCUUACCGUUGUGUUCGGCAAAGUUGGAUCGGGCAAGACAGCGUUGCUACAGGCGAUUCUCGGGGAGCUUGAUCGGCAUGCGGGCGAAGUCAUCAUCCCAACCGAACCCAUAGGAUACUGUGCUCAAAGUCCCUGGCUGCAGCACAUGAGCAUCCGUGAUAAUGUUCUUUUCUCAGCGCCUUUCGACCCUACUAGAUAUACGCAGACGUUGGAUGCCUGUGCGCUGCUACCAGACCUGGCAAACUUUAAGCACGGCGAUCUAUCGGACAUGGGCGAGAACGGCAUUGGCCUGUCAGGUGGCCAGAGAGCGCGUGUCGCUUUGGCUCGCGCGGUAUACAGCCAGUCUCGCGUGCUGCUGCUGGACGAUCCCCUCGCCGCACUGGAUCACAACACCGCCGAGUCCAUCGUGAAGAAGCUUCUUCAGGGCCCGCUUGUGGAAGGCCGCACUGUAGUUCUCGUCACUCACAGAGUUGACCUUUGUAUUCACCUGGCUAGCCAGAUGGUAGAAAUUGUCGGCAACACAGCCCGGGUCCUAAACUCGCAAGAGGCGGCUGCGGAGGUUGCCAAGUUCCUCUCCCAAGAUGACGACACCGCGGUGCGCCACGAGGAGCCAGAGCAGACACUCGAGGAGCAGCAAGACGCAGCCGUGCCGUCCAAGUUCGUCGAGGAGGAGCACCGAGCUCAUGGAGGUGUUAUGAUGUCGGUUUACUGGUGCUACAUCAAGGCCGGCAAGCUCAAGUGGUGGGCUUUGCUUCUGCUGGUAUUCGGCUUGUUCAGAUUGGGCAGCCUCCUCAACUACUGGUUCCUGAAGGCCUGGGGGGAGGCUUACAAACACGAGACCUCGACGAAAGGGACGUCGGACGGCAUUGGUUUCUCCAGGCUUUUUGACAGACUCCCGGAUCCGAACACCGAUCUUGGCCCAUGGCUGUGGGUCUAUUUCGCCAUUGCCGUUGCCCAGGCUCUCAUCUACACCUUGUCGGAGGGCCUCACUCUGCUCAUGAUCAUAACGGCAGCAAGGGAUCUGUUCAAGAGGGUCAUCACAAAGGUCAGCAAAGCAACCUUUCGGUUCUACGACGUCACCCCUGUGGGGCGCUUGAUGAAUCGCCUCGUGUCCGACAUUGGCAUGAUCGACGGAGGCAUCAUGAGGCCAUUGCGCGAAGUCGCCAUACAGUCCAUCACCUGGUUCUCGAGCAUGGUAGUUAUUGCCUCCGUCACACCGCUGUUCCUCGUUUUCUCUGUCGGCAUGACCGUUUGGUUCGUCUACGUCUUUAUGCGCUUCUUGCCCACCUCUCAAAGCCUGCGAAGACUGGAGAUGGUCUCUUUGAGCCCGCUGAUGUCCAACUUUGGCAUCUUGCUCGAUGGACUGGCGACUAUUCGCGCGUUCAAGGCCCAGCAUCACUUCCAAAACAUGAACAUUGUCGUCACCGAUGCCUUCCAGAAGAUGGACCAUUUCUACUGGAGCCUCCAAGCCUGGCUAAUGUACCGAUUCGACGCCCUGUCGGCCAUUUCUACUUUCUGCCUCACCAUCGUCGCGCUCCACAAGGGCCUGUCGCCUGGUCUGACCGCUUUUGUCCUGACCACCGCGUCGGCGUUCGUCGAAGCGACCCACAACCUCUGCAAGCAGUACGGCACUCUGCAGAUGGACUUUGUCUCUGUCGAGCGUGUGAUCGAGCUCCUGGACAUCCCGGAGGAACCCUGUGGUGAUAUUACGCCUCCAACCAGCUGGCCUCACCAUUCGGACGACGUCACCUUCGAAAACGUCACUCUCAAAUACGCGCCUCACUUGGACCCCUCUGUGUCGGAAGCUUCUUUCACCAUUCCCGGCGGUUCGACUUGCGCGGUCCUCGGCAGGACGGGGUCUGGUAAGUCCACCCUGGCCCUCGCUCUUCUCGCGACUAUUCACCCUUCCGAGGGAGCCAUCCGCAUCGGGAAUUACAAACUGUCCAGCGUGGAUGUUCACGUGUGGCGACAGCGCGUGAGCUUCGUCGCCCAGGAUCCGGUGCUGUUCCCCGGAGCGCUGCGGGACAACCUGGACCCGCUGCACCAGUACACCGACACCGAGUGCAUUGUCGUCUUGCACCGCGUGCUCGGUCCCGGGUGGGAUCUAUAUUCGCGCGUCGAAGGCGGCGGGAAGAACUUGAGCCAAGGACAGCGUCAGCUGAUUGGUAUCGGCCGGGCCGUCCUGAGACGGAGUCCGAUCGUGGUCCUGGACGAGGCCACAGCUUCGAUCGACAAGGAGACAGCCGCAAGAGUGCAAGAAGUUUUGAGAAACGAGCUGACCACAAGCACGGUUAUCACCAUCGCUCAUCGACUAGAGGCCGUGCAGGACGCCAACUACUUUAUCCGUCUAGACAAGGGAAGGGUGGUUGAGCACGGGCCGACGCAAGGGCUCAACCAGUAG